GUGCAGCUGCCGUGUCCUGUGAGUGAGGCUGCCGCUCUAGGUGCUAGUGCGUCCGUUGCCCUAGGUGCUGGUGAGGCUACCACUCCCGGUACUCGCGUGUCUGCUACCCCAGGUGCUGGUGAGGCUGCCGCUCUAGGUGCUCGUGAGUCUGCGCCCCCUGGUACUGAGUCGACUGAGGCACUGCACACCUUCACUCUGGACUCAGGUGCUUCUCGCUGUUUCUUUCGUGACCGCACUGCCCUUGAGCCGCUUGCUCGGCCAGUUGCUGUCUCCCUCGCUGACCCCUCUGGGGGUCCGGUCAUUGCGACCUCCUCCACUGUCCUUCCUUGUCCUGCGGUCCCGUCGGGCACACUGUCAGGUCUCCACCUCCCCUCGUUCUCUACGAACUUGGUGGCGGGUUGUGCGCUCCAGGACGGGGGUGUUCACCAGUUCACCCCUGCCUACGAGCGCGUGACACACUGCACGUGUGCUCGGACAGGCCGUCACAUGGCUACCUUCACUCGGCAGCCGGGGUCGGACCUGUACACACUGACCACUGAGUCCCCUCAGGUAGCUGCGUCUGCGUCAGGUCAGCUGUCGGCCCCCUGCUCGUGUCGCUCUCUGGCGCACGAGACCGUCCUCUGGCACCACCGACUUGGUCACCCGUCCGUGCAGCGCCUUCGUGCCAUGCACAAACGGUACCUUGUCUCUGGUCUUCCCAGGGUUCUCCCUCCCCUCCCACCCUCGCCUGCUCCUCCCUGUCUUCCCUGUGUCGAGGGGCGGCAGCGCGCCGCUCCUCACUCCUCCUCGUUUCCCCCGACGACUGCUCCCUUGCAGACGCUCCACAUGGACGUGUGGGGCCCAGCCCGCGUCCGUGGUGAGGGUCAGGAGAGCUCAGCGAGCGUUUCCACUCGGAAUUUCCUGUCCUGCGCUUGCACUCUGACAGAGGUGGUGAGUUCUCCUCCGACCUCUUGGCAGCCUACUGUGCGGAGCACGGCAUCCGCCAGUCGUUCACGGCUUCCGGCCUCUCCACAGCAGAAUGGGGUUGCUGAGCGCCGCAUUGGCUUGGUCAUGGAGGUCGCUCGUACCUCCUUGAUCCAUGCGGCUGCCCCCCACUUUCUGUGGCCGUUUGCAGUCCGAUACGCUGCGCAUCAGCUCAACCUCUGGCCCCGUGUCUCCGUUCCGGAGACUUCGCCGACACUGCGUUGGACAAGAGAGGUUGGCGAUGCGUCACGCUUUCGGGUCUGGGGAUCUCGAGCCUUUGUUCGCGAUACGUCCGCGGACAAGCUCUCCUCCCGCGCUGUUCCUUGUGUCUUCCUUGGCUUUGUCCCGGACGCGUCUGGUUGGCAGUUUUACCACCCCACCUCGCGCCGUGUCCUGCCUUCUCAGGACGUCACUUUCGACGAGUCCGUCCCCUACUACCGCCUCUUCCCCUACCGCACUGCCCCGCUUCCCCCCCCGCCUCUCUUCCUCGCGCCAGGUGCUGCUGUGGUAGACCCCCUCCCCCCUCAGGGUGCCGCUCCCUCAGGUGUGUCCCAGGUAGACCCAGUUGAGCCUGUCGAGGUAGCUGUCGACUCUCGUCCUGCUAGGGGUGCUGAGCCUGAGGGUGCUGAGCCUGAGCGUGCGGAGCCUGGGGGUGCGGAGCCUGGGGGUGCGGAGCCUGGGGUUGCGGAGUCUGGGGGUGCGGAGCCUGGGGUUGCGGAGUCUGGGGGUGCUGAGCCUAGGGGUGCGGAGCCUGGGGGUGCUGAGCUUGCGGGUGCUGAGUCUGGGGGUGCUGAGUCUGGAGGUGCUGAGCCUGGGAGUGCUACACCUGGAGGAGCUCUCUCCUCACAGCAGCUGCGUGAGUGGUACUUACAGUACUGCAGCCUCAGGAGAGGUGCUUCUGGAGCCAGGAGUACUGCUGGAGCUGGUGCUAGUGCUUCCCCUCCUAGGCGGGAGCUGCCCUCUCCCCAGCGGCUCCGAGAGUGGUACGCACGGCGCUGCAGUCUUCGGAGUGGCGCUCCUAGUGUCGCGGACCCAGCUGCUGGAGGUUCUGCUGCUGGCGGUGCUUCUGGCGCUGCUAGAGGUACUGCUGGUGCUGGAGCUGCUGGUGCUGCUGACGCUACUGGAGGUGCUGCUGGUGCUGGUGGUACUGCUGGUGCUGCUGGAGCUGCUGGAGGUGCUGCUGGUGCUGGGGCUGCUGGAGCUGCUGGAGGUGCUGCUUCUUCUGGAGGUGCGGCUGGUGCUGCGGCUCCGGGCGUUGGAGUUGCUGCUGGUGCUGCGGACCCUGGAGUCGGAGCUGCUGCUGGUGCUGCGGACCCUGGAGUUGGAGCUGCUGCUGGUGCUGAGGACCCUGGAGGUGGAGCUGCUGCUGGUGCUGAGGACCCUGGCGCUGGUGUCUCUGCUGGUUCUGGAGACGCUGCGCGGCCGCGGCCGUACUUCGUUCCGCUCCUUCAGCAGUUACCGUCUGACUCCCCUCUCCCUGGUCCUUCUCCUUACACUGGUCCGACUGGAGGUCUUACGGAGCGUCGUGAGCCUGAGUCUCGUCCUGCGUCGCCUGAGUCUCGUCGAGCGUCGCCUGUUCGUGCUGCUCACACUGGUCGUCGUGUCCCGCGUCAGCGUCCUCCUGCUGUCCCAGGCACUCACCAGAUGGCGCUUCGUCCUUCCACUGCUCCCCAGCGUGUCCCUCUCCCGUCUCCUCCUGCGUCCUCUCUUCCUGCUCUUGCUGACCCUGAGUCUAACUCCCUUCGUGCUGCCAGUCCUACUGUCACGCGUCUCCUGGCUACUGUUGUCACUGACCCUUCCUUUGAGUCCACUGCUGCGUCUGCCUUAGUUGCCGAGCUUGUCGACUUUGCUGCCACUUGUCGUCUAGACUACGCCGCUAGCCUAGUUGCUGAGUCUGAGUCUAUCUGUCCUCCGUCCGUCGGUGGUGAGUGUGCUCUUGGCACGGACGUCCUUGAGGACAGGCAGGAGGAGUUUGAGUGCUUUGCCGCUGCUUUACCUCAUCUCGUGUCCAUGCUAGUUGCCCCUGAGGGAGACCCGGAUGCACCAGACAUCCCGACUCCGCGCUCUUACGCAGAGGCGAUAGAGGGUCCCUACUCCUCUCAGUGGCAGACAGCCAUGGACGCAGAGAUGGCUUCCUGGAAGUCCACAGGCACCUACGUCGACGAGGUUCCCCCACCUGGGGCGAACAUCGUCAGUGGCAUGUGGAUUUUCAGGGUGAAGCGGCCGCCGGGUUCUCCGCCUGUCUUCAAGGCGCGUUACGUUGCACGAGGCUUCAGUCAGCGAGAGGGAGUUGACUUCUUCCAGACCUUCGCCCCGACCCCGAAGAUGACCACUCUUCGGGUUCUGCUGCACGUCGCCGCUCAGCGUGACUACGAGCUCCACUCUCUUGACUUCAGCACUGCUUUCCUACAGGGCAGCCUGCACGAGGAGAUCUGGCUGCGCCGCCCACCUGGCUUCACUGGGUCGUUCCCUCCUGGUACCCAGUGGAGCCUCCGGCGGCCAGUCUACGGUCUCCGACAGGCGCCACGUGAGUGGCACGACACACUGAGGACUACACUUGCGGCUCUUGGGUUCGCUCCUUCCACUGCUGACCCGUCGCUGUUUCUUCGCACCGACACCUUGCUGCCGCCGUUCUACAUCCUCGUGUACGUCGACGACUUGGUCUUUGCCACUGCUGACACUGCGGCACUCGCCCACGUGAAGUCGGAGCUGCAGAAGAGACACACGUGCACAAACCUGGGUGAACUGACAAGCUAUCUUGGCUUGCGGAUCACCCGGGACAGAGCACGGCGCACCAUCACCUUGACUCAGUCACACAUGGUGCAGCAGGUCCUUCAGCGCUUCCGCUUCACGUACUCCUCGCCUCAGCCCACUCCUCUGCCUACCGGUCACUCGCUCUCAGCUCUGCCUUCGGGUGAGUCCGUAGAACCGAGUGGCCCGUAUCCAGAGCUUGUGGGCUGCCUCAUGUACCUGAUGACCUGCACUCGACCUGACCUUGCAUACCCUCCUAGCAUCCUUGCACGCUAUGUCGCUCCUGGCCGUCACCGGAAGGAGCACAUGGAUGCCGCUAAGAGGGUGUUGCGCUACUUGUGCAGUACGUCGGGCAUGGGGCUAGUGCUUGGAGGACGAGACCGAGUUGUACUCACUGGGCACUCAGACGCGUCUUGGGCUGACGACCAGGCUACUCAGCGGUCGUCUCAGGGUUACACCUUCAGCCUUGGCUCUGGUUCAGUUUCUUGGCGUUCUACAACGCUCGUCUUCUGUUCUCAGCUCCAGUUGUGA